AUCCGACUAUAUAAACCGCUGUCAUCUGUCACUCACCCUCCUUUUUUUUUGUUUGUCCUUUCCCCUAUUGUCAUUGACUCACAUACGAUACCCCUUCCCGACUGGGACAGAACUUAGCGACAAUGCAGUGGAAAAGUCUAGCCCUAGGCCUCCUGGCCGCCGCCCAGUCUGCGGCGAGUCUUCGCUUCGUGAUGUAUAUCGACCAAUAUCACACCCAAGGCCUCCCCGACAGCAGCGGCACAGAGGGGAUCAGCCACGCUGUAAUGGGUUUCGCCAAAUCGACCCUGUUCAACAGCGACUCACCGCAGCCAUGGCAGCCGUUUGAACCGGUCGACACGAUGCGCAAGCGCUUCAGCAAGGAUACGAAACUACUUGUUGCCAUUGGAGGAUGGGGCGAUACCUCGGGUUUUUCGGAUGGUGCGAAGGAUGAGGCGUCCCGGGCGAGGUAUGCGAAGAAUGUCAAGGCUAUGGUGGACCAAUUUGGUUUGGAUGGAGUUGACAUCGACUGGGAAUACCCCGGUGGCAACGGCGAAGAUUACAAAGACAUCCCCAACGAGAAGAAGAAGGGUGAGAUCGAAACAUACCCGCUCUUCCUCGCUGCUCUCCGUAAGGAACUUGGCAAGGAUAAGAUCAUCUCCAUCGCGGUACCGGGUAAGCGGGGCGACAUGAUCGCCUUCACGAAGGAACAAGGACCCAAGAUCUGGGAGUCCGUCGACAUGGUCAAUGUCAUGACGUACGAUCUCAUGAACCGCCGUAACAACGUGACCACGCACCAUACCGGUGUCAAGGGUUCUUUGGAUAGCAUCAAGGCGUACGAGGAGGUUGGUCUUGACACUCAGAAGAUGAACCUCGGUGUGGCGUACUACGCGAAGUGGUUCGAGACGAAGAAGGAUGCCGGCUGUGACACGCAGCCGCUUGGCUGUGAGGUUGCGGAGCUGGAGGACGCCAAGGGUAAGGACACUGGCAAGUCUGGGGCGUUGACCUUCGAGAAGGGAACCAUGGGCGAGCCAUCAAAGGAUUUGAAGGAGAGCACGGAUGGCAGCUGUGGAUUUGGCAAGGGCACAUGUCCCAACGGGUCGUGUUGCAGCCAGUAUGGAACUUGCGGCACCACAGACGCCCACUGCCAAGCCGGUUGUCAAUCCGACUACGGUACCUGCAAGGGCAUCUCACUGAUCGACUCCUGGCGUCGUGCCGAGAAGGACGGCGUGACGGACGAAGACGGCGGCGGCCAGUACUACUUCGACAAGGAGGUGAACCUGUUCUGGAGUUGGGACACGGCCCCACUCAUCAAGCGCAAGUUCGACGACAUCGUGGACGCCGAGAAGCUGGGCGGUGUUAUGGCCUGGAGCUUGGGAGAGGAUACCUUGAAGUGGGAGCAUCUGCAAGCUAUGCAGGAAGGUGUGAAGGAGCGGAGUUGAUAUGCUCGAAGAGCAGUCGUACCUGACACACUGGAGUCACA